AUGCAGAUUUCUCAAUUCUUCUAUUUGAAACAGUCGAAACCACUGCUGGUUGCAGCCAUAGAUUUUGGUACGACGUACUCGAGUUGGGCGUUCUCCUUUCGUCAUGAAUACGAAAGUGAUCCAACACAGAUAUCAGCAAAACAGUGGCUGGAACAUGAAUCGACGAAGGGACCAACAACGGUUUUGAUAAAACCCGAUGGAAGAACCCUGGAGGCAUUUGGCUAUGAGGCGGAGACAAGAUACGCAGAACUGAUUGACGAAGAGGCGCAUGAAUCGUACUACUUCUUCAAAAGGUUUAAAAUGAAGUUAUGGAACCAGAAAAUCGAACGGGAUAUGGUCAUUCAAGACGAAAAUAGUCGUUAUCUAUCUGCAAAAACUGUGUUUGCACUAUCGAUCAAAUGGCUCAAGGACGACCUUUGGCGAAUUUCAAACGACAAAAUUUCUGGCACAAUACGAGAGAAUGAGAUACACUGGGUGUUGACUGUGCCAGCAAUCUGGGACAAUGCUGCCAAACAGUUUAUGAGAGAAGCCGCUAAACAGGCUGGUAUCGAAGAAACAAGUCUCACUGUUGCUCUAGAACCAGAGGCAGCGUCAUUGUUUUGUCGCCACCUACCGGUUGAACGAAGCGGAAAUAAAACGUCGCUCGGCAUACCGAAAGCUGGACAGAGAUAUCUGGUGUUGGAUGCGGGAGGUGGGACAAUAGAUAUCACCGUCCAUGGAGUGUUGCGUUCGAUGGAGGUAAAGGAACUGUACAAGGCGAGCGGCGGUGCGUGGGGUGGAACUAAGGUCGACGAAGCCUUCAAAGGUUUCAUCAAUGACAUUGCAGGGUUCGACGCCAUGGGCGAUUUAAAGCGAAACCACUUGUACGAUUUCAUUGAUUUGUUUCGUCGAUUCGAGAACAAGAAGCGGUCCAUUUCUCCAGACAAGGACAGCAAGACGAUUAUACCCCUUCCUCUGUCCCUGUGUACCUUGAUAGAGAAACGACAGGGACGAGCCUUGUGUGACCUCAUCAAGAACACGUAUUACGCCUCUUCGGUGUCAAUGACAAACGAAAAGGUCAAGAUCGACGCUAGCGUUGCCAGACGGUUUUUCGAAACAUGUGUUUCAAGCACUGUUGGGCACUUGAAGAACAUUCUAAGCUUGCCAGUAAACAGGGGUGUAGAAGCUAUUUUGAUGGUAGGUGGAUUUUCCGAAUCGCCUAUGCUUCAAUACGCUGUGAGCAAAGAGUUCGGAGCUCUAAAAAGAAUUGUUCCACGGGAAGCAAGCUUGGCAGUACUGAAAGGGGCUGUAAUAUUUGGGCACAACACAAAAGCUAUCAAAGAACGUAUUAGCCAACGGACUUACGGUGUUGAAACGACCUCUCCUUUCGAUGCAACCAAACACGAUGUGACCAAAAAGAAAUAUUAUGAAGGAAAAGCCCGAUGCACCGAUAUUUUUUUCAAGCAUAUAGAAAUUGGACAGAAACUAAAGGUUGGUGAGACCCAAUUUAAACGGCGUUAUGUUAGUAUAGAAUCAGACCAAAGCUCAAUUGUCUUUCCCAUUUUUAUUACGUAUGAGAAGAACCCCAUGUAUACAACAGAUCCAGGGUGUACUUGUGUUGGGAAUCUUACCAUCCCUCUUUCCCGCAGCGGAAAAGACAGAGAGGUUAUUGUAAGGUUCAUCUUUGGAGGAACAGAAAUUGACGUUGAGGCAACAGAAAAAUCAACAAGAAAGGUUCAUCACUUGAAGAUCGAUUUCCUGGUUUAA